AUGGUACGUCUCGUGGACUACUACACGUUGCAAGCAGAGGAUACUUCAGCUCGACCUCCCAGUCGCUCUAACCCUGAUCCUCCUCGUCUCUCGAUCUACGCACUCUCAACAAUGAAAUUCACCCUUUCCCUCACCAUCGCCUUCUUCGCCGUUGGCAUGAAGGUUGCCGCUCAGAGCUGCGCCGCAGACGCGACGUUCCAGUGCUGCGAGACUCUUGCCGGGGCGGACGCCCCUAACGUGGCUGCUAUACUUCAGCUUAUCGGAGUGGACCCUACCGAUAUUGUGGGUCUCGUCGGCCUCACUUGCACUGUGCCUACGGGGGGCGACGUCUGUGCCCCGGGCGAGGGCGGUCCCGCUUGCUGCACGGAUGAAAUCAACAUCCCCCUUGUGCCAAUCUCAAUAUCGACCGGCUGUACUUAA